UGGAGGGCGAAACACGGCGAGGUCAAGUACUUGUGGCUUGACUGGCCGUGCAUGUGGCAGGCGAACAAGGAUGAGAUGAGGGCUGUUUGCGACACCAGUAGUUGGCAGUUGGGGGUGCCCUCGUCGCGACGGCUGGACGCAGCGCGAAAAACGUGUGCGAUUGGACCCCAGGAGGGGCGCUGGGGAAUUCUGUGGAGCCGAUUUCGAACUGUCGUUGUCUCAAAUUCCCCCUCUUUGAAAGGAGGGCCAGCGUGAAAUCACUGUCGACGAGAAGGCCGAGUUCGACCUCAUGCUCAGCGAGGUCAACAUGCUGUACCUCGGUUGCAGGGUCGUCAUCUUGCUGGACAUGACUUACGUGUCCAGGUUUUGGACAAUGUACGAAGCGUGGCUCUCCCAAAUGAAGCCAACUUCGACAGGGCUCAAGCCAGCACUCAUCUCUGACGCUUCACGCUGCGACGUGGUUCCCAUCUUGGGAGCGGACGAUGCGUUAAAGUCAUGGCUCCUGAGCACCAUUGCGAAUAAGAUGUCUUCGGCGUCCCUUGCUGCCGAGUACCUCCGUCACGACGACAUUGUGGUAACGAACGCCUCGGACAAGGAGAAGCAGCUCUCUCGGGUGAGCGGGCUCGACUGCCGUGUCAUCCAGGUCGAGCUUGAUGCUCAGGCAGAGGCAAGGAGCACAGUUCAUGUGCUAAGAGUCCUCGCGGCCGGCGGCUGCCACAGCCUGGGCCUGCUGAAGGACGGCACGGUCACCGCCUGCGGCGAGGACUGUUACGGCCAGACGUCCGGCGUGGCCCAGUGGAGGGACGUCGUGCAGAUCGCGGCCGGCGGAUCGCUCAGCCUGGGCCUGCUGAAGGACGGCACGGUCACCGCCUGCGGCCAUGACACUUACGGCCAGACGUCCGGCGUGGCCCAGUGGAGGGACGUCGUGCAGAUCGCGGCCGGCGGAUCGCACAGCCUGGGCCUGCUGAAGGACGGCACGGUCACCGCCUGCGGCAGGGUCUUCUUCUUCCACUCCGGCGAUGACUCUGACAGCGAUGACUCUGACGGCCAGAGCUACAACGUGGCCCAGUGGAGGGACACGUCCGGCGUGGCCCAGUGGAGGGACGUCGUGCAGAUCGCGGCCAGCGGAUCGGGAUUGCACAGCCUGGGCCUGCUGAAGGACGGCACGGUCACCGCCUGCGGCCUGGACUCUGACGGCCAGAGGUCCGGCGUGGCCCAGUGGAGGGACGUCGUGCAGAUCGCGGCCGGCAGAGCGCACAGCAUGGGCCUGCUGAAGGACGGCACGGUCACCGCCUGCGGCGAGGACGAUUACGGCCAGACGUCCGGCGUGGCCCAGUGGAGGGACGUCGUGCAGAUCGCGGCCGGCUUCCAGCACAGCCUGGGCCUGCUGAAGGACGGCACGUUCACCGCCUGCGGCAGAAACGAUCGUGGCCAGGCGCUUGGCAAAUGAGGGUUGUGAAGUAACUUUGGGCAGGCGCAACCUCGGGCAGGCUUAGCCAUGUUUUCGUCGACGCCGACACCUGUUACACGACGGCCAGGUAGGAGGCGCGACAAGGAACGAUUAGGAGCUCUGGGCGCAGGCGGCUCGGCACUCGCUGGCACGGAAGCCGGCGUGCCUUUGUCCCCGCCCGGCCGGUGCUGGAACAGACCUUUGCGCCGCUUUUGGCGCGCCAUCAAACAAUUGCCUCCAAGAUGCUCCAGAACGUUCCACGUUCAAACAAAAGGUGAUGGAGACCAAUGGAUGUCGCGCUCCUUGAUGGCGCCUGGGUGGGCCACGCGAGGCCAACUUCUUCGCUUUUCUGUCGGUUGCUGACGGGUUUCGAUGUUGCUCCUAAUGUGGUUUCCUCGCUCUCGGCCCUCCUUUCCCCCUCCUCCAUUCCUGCCCCCGCGGCCUCUCGCGUUUAAUUUUGACGAGGGCCGGCAGAAGUCUCCACGGGCAUGCUCCCGCAGAAAGGCACUCGGGAUUACACGCACGCCCGAGCUGCUCAAGCAUGUCGUUUUCCCCGCCGCUGCGUUCGCAGAAAGGCACCCGGGGUUGCACGCACACCCGGGCUGCUGACGCAGUUUUUCUGUGUACUCGACGCUUCCGCGCGCCAUCCGCUGCAGGGCGGGGUGCGGCCGGGGACUUUUCCAGCGCCUUCUGCAUGCGACUUCCGCACGCAGUACCGCAUCGUUUCCUCUUGCUCCUCCCGCGGCGGUGCGCGCCGGCGCAGCCGACGGGCCGGCCCGGCGAUGCGUCGGCGACUACGAGGCGUAGCUCGCGACGCACACAUUCGAGAUCCGAUGUC